GCCCCAAUGCUCCUCCCUUAGCAACACUCCUACGAUCUCCCCCGUCUUUCUUAUUCACAAAUCAGAUACAUACACACAAAAUAGUCAACAGUUUAAGAAAGACUGGACAUGUCAAGCUUGGCUUACUUCUAAUCUAAAAAAAAAAAAAGGAAACCAGUGCAAGAUAAGCUUCUGCAGAGAACCUGGUCUGACUCUGAAAUGAUUUUGUGGACAUUCAUCAUUCUGCUCUCGCAGCUGUUAUUAAACCUGUGCUUACAUGCAGAGGCCCAGGCUUUGGCAGUCUACGAUCUGCUCACCUCGCCUGACUGCUUGCCAGACCUGCUGCAGGGAGGUUUGGCUGAACAAGGGGUGAAUGAGGCUUUCAUCUUAACCACCUUCAAGCUGCAGCCCAAGACUGGAACCACACUGUUUGGCCUGUUCAACCCGAGGGACAACAGCAAGUAUUUUGAGUUCACCGUAAUGGGGAAGCUCAACCGGGCCGUGCUACGUUACUUGCGGACCGACAAGAGAAUGAGCUCCGUUAGCUUCAACAACCUUGUGCUGGCGGACGGCCAGCAGCACCGGCUGUUGUUCCACCUGAAGGGUCUGCAGCAGCAGGGGCCAGGCGGGGUGGAGCUACAUCUGGACUGCAGGCUGGUUGAGACGGUCCGGGAUCUUCCUGCCGCCUUCCAGGGUUUGCCAGCGGGGUACGGCAUGGUGGAGCUAAAGACAAUGCAAGCCAGGGAUCAGGAGAGCUUAGAUGAGCUGAAACUGGUGGUUGGGGACUCGUUUGAAAAUGUUGCAUCAUUGCAAGACUGUCAUUUUCAGCAAAGAGAUUCGGUUCAAACUUUAGGGGUCAACACAAAGCAGCUGUCAAAUCAAAUGCUGGAGUUAACAAAGGUGAUAAACGAGCUGAAAGACGUUCUCAUCCAGCAGGUCAAGGAAACAUCUUUUCUCCGAAACACUAUUUCAGAGUGUCAGGCUUGUGGUCUGGGUGGAACAGAGGUGGUGAAACCGAGAUGUGCUCCUGGUGUCUGUUUCCGCGAUGAUAUGUGUAUCGAGACAGCGAAUGGUGUGGAGUGUGCACCCUGUCCUGACGGGUACACUGGAGAUGGCUUCAACUGUGAUGAUGUUGAUGAGUGUCAGUUUAACCCCUGCUUCCCCGGAGUGAAGUGCGUUAACACCGCCCCUGGCUUCCGCUGCGACGCCUGCCCGCUGGGUUACGCCGGCCUGCCGGUGGAGGGCGUGGGCAUUUUGUUUGCUCAAACCAACAAACAGGUCUGCGAUGACAUUGAUGAAUGCAAAGGACCCGACAACGGUGGCUGCACUGCAAACUCAAUCUGUCACAACUCUGUGGGCUCCUUUUACUGUGGCAGCUGUAAGACUGGGUUCACAGGAGAUCAGGUGAGGGGCUGUGAGCCAGAGCUCAGCUGUGGAAACAGCCUGACCAACCCCUGCGACAUCAAUGCCGAGUGCAUUCGAGAAAGAGAUGGCUCUAUUUCUUGUCAGUGUGGAAUUGGCUGGGCGGGCAACGGAUACCUGUGCGGGAAAGACACGGACAUUGAUGGAUACCCGGAUGAAAAACUCAAGUGCAAGGACGCAAACUGUAGAAAGGAUAAUUGCAUCUUUGUUCCCAACUCUGGUCAAGAGGACGCCGACAGGGAUGGCCAGGGAGACGCCUGUGAUGACGAUGCAGAUGGUGACGGUAUUCCCAAUGAGCAGGACAACUGCCGGUUGAAGCCCAACGUGGAUCAGAGGAACAGCGAUGCAGACAGCCACGGCGACGCCUGUGACAACUGUCGCGUGGUGAACAACCCCGACCAGCGGGACACUGACGGAGACGGCAAAGGAGAUGCCUGCGAUGAUGACAUGGACGGAGACGGUGUGAGAAAUUUCCUGGACAACUGCCAGCGUGUCCAGAACAGAGACCAGCUGGACCGGGACGGAGACGGCGUGGGAGACGCUUGCGACAGCUGCCCUGACAUCCCCAACCCAAACCAGUCUGACGUUGAUAACGACCUGGUUGGAGACUCGUGCGACACAAACCAAGACAGCGAUGGCGAUGGUCACCAGGAUACCAAGGACAAUUGUCCACUAGUGAUUAACAGCUCACAGCUGGACACCGACAAAGACGGAGUGGGAGACGAAUGUGACGACGACGAUGACAAUGACGGGAUCCCAGAUACUCUGCCGCCGGGUCCGGACAACUGCAGGCUGGUGCCCAACCCUGACCAGAUCGAUGACAACA